AUGGAAACGCUCGACAUACUAACAAACUCCACUCUCGACUCCUCGUUGUCGCCACGCAGCACCUCCAUGAGCAACGAAACCCCACGCUUCGGAUUCGACAUGGCCCCAGCUCAGGCCUGCCAGCCUCCCAUCCCGCACGAUAUCGACUGGGAGUCCAACUACGAGCUCGGCCUGCCCGAGUUCCCAGAUAUGCAGCCCAAACAGUCGCUCGAGUCCAUGGCCGCCACGCUAGACCUCACACACUUCACUCCCCCACAGCAGCAUUCGCCGCUGAGUGUGUCGCCAGAGAUCAAAUCGCCGUCUGAGCAGCCGGACCCCGACCCCCAACCGCGGGCCGGGGUGCAUGUGUCGCGCUCGCGGUCCUCCAAAUGCCCCGUCUGCCGCAAACACAUCACCAGAGACAUGUCCCGCCACCUGCGCACACACGAGCCGGUUUCGCGGUUCAAGUGCGUGUAUCCGCGCGAAAUGUGCAUCCACAAGACGGGCCAGUUCAACAGACCCUCCCCCACGUUGGCAAGUGCCACUGCGGACUCAAAUGCACAGCCCAGUUCUGGCUCGACUCGCAUAUUCUGCCAGACUACGGCUCGUCGUUCCGCUGUGAGCACCUCAACAAUGUAUACGAGAAGACCGGCAUGA